AUGAAAGUGGCUAAGUCCCCUGCGAUUGAGACGAAAUGGAGUCCACCGUUGGGUGAGGGGUAUAAAACCAACUAUGAUGGGGCAGUUUUUGAAGACUCGGGUGAGGCAGGGAUCGGUGUGGUUGUGCGAAAUGCUACCAGUGAAGUGCUAGCUGCACUUUCAGAGAAAAUUCCUUACCCCGGCUUAAUGGAGUUGGGGGAGAUCCUAGCUGCAAGAAGGGUUGUUCGGUUCAUUGUGGAAUUGGGCAUGUCACAGUCAAUAUUUGAAGGAGACUCGGAGAUAGUUUACAAGGCGUUGAAAUCAGUUGAUGUGGGCCAUUCCUCAAUCGGUCAAUAUGUGAAAGACAUUAUGUCUAUUUCCGGUUCGCUUCGAACUUUCUCUUUCUCUCAUACUAGGAGGCAAAGUAAUUGUGUGGCUCAUGCCUUAGCCAAGAGAGCAAGAUUUUCUUUUCCGUUGUUAGCCUGGAUGGAGCAUGUUCCUCCAGACGUGAUUCCUGUUGUAGUUUCAGAUUUAUAG